ACCAAUCAAACCAAUCACAUCAUGUAACUUACAUUCAUGCCAGAUUCUGUGAUUUCUGUUCAUUCUCAGACCUUCCUUUCAUAUCAGCGCCCAUGAUGAAACCUGUACGCUUCUUCAACCAUUCAUAUGACUUCCCCGCAUUAAAUUGUCAGUGUCCGCAACGGUGAAACCACGCCUUCCAACUGAACAGCAACCAGAAAAAAGGAGUAAAACAAUUAUUGCGACCAACUAUUAUUUUGUUAUAUAUAAAUAAGUACAUUCCUAGUUUCCACCAUUCUAUACCGCACACUUGAUUUGGUUCAUCGUUAUGGCAUCGUAUCCUCUUUUCCUUGUCUUACUGCCAAUCUUCACAGGUGCAAAUGCUGCGGUUUUCACAUUACAAAACAGAUGUAAAGAAACUGUGUGGCCCGGAAUCCUGUCAGGCUCUGGGAAACCUCUGCUAAUGAGCGGCGGCCUGGAGCUCAAACCAGAUCAAAAAACUGAUGUCCCUGCACCCACCGGGUGGUCCGGCCGCUUCUGGCCACGAACAGGUUGCAACUUCGACCAAUCAGGCAAGCAGGGGAACUGCACCACCGGCGACUGCGGCGGGGGCCUCUUGGAAUGCGGAGGUACUGGCGGUGCUCCACCAGUUUCCCUGGCGGAGUUCACUUUAGACAGCCCGUUAGACUUUUACGACGUCAGCCUUGUCGACGGGUUCAACGUGCCUGUUUCUAUCAUUCCAUCUGGCGGGUCAGGUAACUGUUCUGCCGUGAAUUGCACGUCGAACUUGAACCUGGAAUGCCCGGAGAAGUUGCAGGUGAGAGGGUACGAUAAGAGUAAUGGUGAGACCACAGUGGCCUGUAAAAGCGCAUGCCUGGCUUUCAAUGAGCCUCAGUAUUGUUGUGCAGGAGAGUUCAACAAUCCAGAGGUCUGCAAGCCCAGUAAUUAUUCAGAGAUUUUCAAGAAAGCUUGCCCCACAUCUUAUAGCUAUCCGUAUGAUGAUGCCACCAGCACUUUCACGUGCAAGGGGGCUAAUUAUUUGAUCAUAUUCUGCUAAGUCGAAUUAAAGCUAAAGCAUGUAUCGAGAGUUGAAGAUUGGUUAAAGUAACACUCGAAUUCCUUGAGAACUUACUAAUGGGAGAUAAUUCUUGCAAGAUAAAUAUAGGCAGAAUCUACUACACGUUGUGGCAAUAGUGGAUGACAAGAGUUUUGAUAGCUUUAGAAUGUUGUCUUGUAAUUGAAUUAGCCAGAGCCAGCUGAUUCAGUUCCAUCUUUGUUUUCAUGGUUAUAGAUUCCACAACAGCCUAAUAUGGAAGACUAUCCAAGUGACGGAUUUUGCAUUGAUUUGCAAUUCACACACUUGAUGAACAUUGGAAAACAUCAUUUAUUCCAA